CGUGGCACUGCCAUUGUGGUGCAUCUUUAACCAUUAACGAUGAGGCUCUCCAUUUUUCAAAACGAAACACAAAAGCCAAAUCCUUCACCCAUCCUGUGGCCAGAAAUGGGCUAACAAUGUCGUGAACCCAAUCCAAACCGACGGUGAGAUCGACGACUCAACCAGUCAUCGACCGUCGGAUGGUAGGAAAAGAGAAUUGGGUCAGAGCACUAUAAGAAGGGCAGCUCUGUUUUGGGGGUGAGGCAGAGAAAGAAGAAAAAAAGCAAGCAGCUUUACUUAGUAGUGAAACCCAGAAGGCAGAGCAAGCCGAAUUGUAGAAAUGGCGUCCAUGAUUUCGUCCUCCGCCGUGGCCACCGUGAGCCGCACCGGCGCUCAGGCCAGCAUGGUCGCCCCUUUCACCGGCCUCAAGUCCACCGCCGCCUUCCCCGCCACCAGGAAGUCCGUCAACGACAUUACUUCCAUCACAAGCAACGGUGGCAGAGUCCAGUGCAUGAAGGUGUGGCCACCACUGGGUUUGAAGAAGUACGAGACCCUCUCCUACCUUCCCCCAUUGACGGAGGAGCAGUUGGGCAAGGAGGUCGACUACCUCCUCCGCUCCGGAUGGGUUCCUUGCUUGGAGUUCGAGUUGGAGCAUGGUUUCGUGUACCGUGAGAACAACAGGUCGCCAGGGUACUACGACGGAAGGUACUGGGUGAUGUGGAAGCUGCCCAUGUUCGGGUGCACCGACUCGUCGCAGGUGCUGAAGGAGCUCCAGGAGUGCGUCAAGGAGUACCCCCAGGCUUUCGUCCGUAUUAUCGGAUUCGACAACAAGCGUCAGGUGCAGUGCAUCUCCUUCAUCGCUUACAAGCCCGAAGGAUACAACUAAAACUCGUCGACCUCCAAUUCCUACGUACCAUGCCCACCAAAAUGAAGGGUCUUUUGGCUUUGUUUUUUUUUUUUUUUUUUAAAUCCCUUUUGCGUCUUUCUUAUUCUUGUUGUUUUUAUUUUGUUUUUCCAGAAAUUUUCACUGUUUUCCCGUGGUUGGAUUCGGAUGUUGAAUCGAACGGUUGAGAUAUGUUCAAAUAAUAAUGGUAGUACUUUGCAUUUACUAUAGUUUGUGUUUAAUUUGUUCACUUAUUGAAUCGCCUUAGCUUCUCCCCAUCUUCUUCGCACUCGUGCUAAGCUAGUUUGGAUAAGGGAUGGGAUGGUUGGUUCUAUUGCCAAAUGAGUGGUUGUUGAUGGUUGCUACUUGCUACUACUUCCAACAAAAAAACUACAGGGCUUUCCCAUGUAGCUCAUGGAUUUAAAAUUGUAAAAUUUUGUUUUCAAAUCUUCACAAUAUCAUGAUUCAUGACUCAUGAGUCCAGUCUCCAAAAUCUCCAACACCCGUGACACAAUUUCAGGCCAUCUCCAAUGCUAGUCUCCAAUUUCAACAUUUUUACUUCAAUGCUACCAUCUCAAAAUUUGGGGGCCUCUAG